CCAGUGCGGUUCAGUCCAAUUCACUGUGAUCCGCCUAAAAUUACCCUGCAAAAUCAACUUUUUGAGAGUCGCAUCUGCAAUUUUACUGUAACCGCAAACUGCACACACUUCUUCCUUAAUUUCCAAGACUCAUAAAUUGAUCAUCAAAUAUCCAAUUCUCUAUCUCACACAAACUACUCUCUUCGCACAGUUUACUCCAGUUUAUUCACAGAUUCAAAUUUCUCUCGCAUCUCUCCUGUAAUCACACACACUCGUAGGCAAUGACUACCAGGACUGUGAAAGUGAGCAAUGUCUCACUCAGUGCAACAGAACGGAAUAUCCAGGAGUUCUUUUCCUUCUCUGGGGCGAUCCAAUAUGUUGAAAUGAAAAGUGAAAAUGAGAGAUCUCAAUCUGCGUAUGUUACUUUCAACGAUGCUCAGGGUGCAGAAACUGCUGUUCUUCUUUCGGGAGCUACAAUAGUGGACCAGUCAGUAACCAUUGCUCUUGAACCAAACUAUACACUGCCAGCAACAGCAGCAGCAGCAGCUACCGCAUCACAAAGUGAUAAUGCGGGCGGUAGUGUUACUGCUGCUGCACAGAAGGCAGAGGAUGUUGUUAGCGGCAUGUUAGCCAAGGGUUUUAUAUUAGGGAAGGACGCACUUAACAGAGCAAAGUCUUUCGAUGAGAGACACCAACUCAUAUCAACUGCUUCAGCCAAAGUAGCAUCGCUGGAUCAAAAGAUUGGACUGAGUGAGAAAAUCACUGUUGGAGCGACCAUAGUCAACGACAAAGUGAAGGAAGUAGACCAGAAGUUUCAGGUUUCUGAGAAGACUAAGACAGCUUUUGCUGCUGCUGAACAGACUGUGAGUAGCGCAGGAACUGCCAUCAUGAAAAACCGAUACAUCCUAACUGGCACUUCAUGGGUUGCCGGUGCUUUCAGCCGGGUUCAAAAGGCAGCCGGGGAUGUUGGACAGAAAACAAUGGAGAAAGUUGCUGAGGAAGAGCAGGGAAGAAAUGAAGCUCAAGGUUACACUCAGCUUCACUCAUUUGAUUCACCAAAAGAUGCUCCAACUACAACGCCGACUCCGACUCCAAGCGACAAAAAACCAGACUCUCCAAAGGGUUUGAUUCUCUAAAUUAUAUGAGGUGAGAGUAAUUUGUGUAUAUAUUAUACUCCAUGGUUUGCGAGGCUUAAAUCGUUUAGCUAAAUACUAGCUCUCUGUUUGAAUAUUUGGUGCUUGCCUUUUGAAUAAGAUGUGUAAUUAUAGCUUUAUAUAUACAUUGAGGAGAAAUUUCGGAAUAUGGGUUUAAAUUCGCUGAUCUUUCGAGAUAA